AGGCUCCGCCCUGUUGGCCGCCUCCUGGGUUGGUGCGGAGGCGGUGUCAGAAGCCGAAACAGCUGGGGCCCAGCUGGCAUUACCAGUGUAGACCCUUGUGAGCUUCAACGUGUGAGUAGCUGUGGCGCCCCCGGCUUAUCUCCCGCGUACCUUCUCCUGCAGGAAAUAAACUGCACUCAUCUGAGUCUGCAAGAUUGAAGGAAGUUGGGGUGAUUAGAAGUUGUAAAGUGAAAUAAACGAGAAGACCUGUGUCCUAUCUUUUGUUCUUCUGAGAGGUUUCUUGAAGUCAAAAUGUCUCAAAAAAUCCGUGGCGGUUCUGUGGUAGAGAUGCAAGGAGAUGAAAUGACACGAAUCAUUUGGGAGUUGAUUAAAGAAAAACUCAUUUUUCCCUACGUGGAACUGGACCUACACAGCUAUGAUUUAGGCAUAGAGAAUCGCGAUGCCACCGGUGACCAGGUCACCAAGGAUGCUGCAGAAGCUAUAAAGAAGUACAACGUUGGUGUCAAAUGUGCUACCAUCACCCCCGAUGAGAAGAGGGUUGAGGAGUUCAAGUUGAAGCAAAUGUGGAAGUCACCAAAUGGCACCAUCCGAAAUAUUCUGGGCGGCACUGUCUUCAGGGAAGCUAUCAUCUGCAAAAAUAUCCCCCGUCUUGUGAGCGGUUGGGUAAAACCUAUCAUCAUAGGUCGUCAUGCUUAUGGGGAUCAAUAUAGAGCCACUGAUUUUGUUGUUCCUGGGCCUGGAAAAGUAGAGAUAACCUACACGUCAAGUGAUGGAUCCAAAAAAAUGACAUACCUGGUACAUAACUUUGAAGAAGGUGGUGGUGUUGCCAUGGGGAUGUACAAUCAAGAUAAGUCGAUUGAAGAUUUUGCACACAGUUCUUUCCAGAUGGCUCUGUCUAAGAGUUGGCCUUUGUAUCUGAGCACCAAAAACACUAUUCUGAAGAAAUAUGAUGGACGUUUUAAAGACAUCUUUCAGGAAAUAUAUGACAAGCAGUACAAAUCCCAAUUCGAAGCCCAAAAUAUUUGGUAUGAGCAUAGGCUCAUUGAUGACAUGGUGGCCCAAGCUAUGAAAUCCGAGGGGGGCUUCAUCUGGGCCUGUAAGAACUAUGACGGCGAUGUGCAGUCGGACUCCGUGGCCCAAGGUUAUGGCUCCCUUGGCAUGAUGACCAGCGUGCUGGUUUGUCCAGAUGGCAAGACAGUGGAAGCAGAGGCUGCCCAUGGGACUGUAACACGUCACUACCGCAUGUAUCAGAAAGGACAAGAGACGUCCACCAAUCCCAUUGCUUCCAUUUUUGCCUGGACCAGAGGAUUAGCCCACAGAGCUAAGCUUGAUAACAAUAAAGAGCUCAGCUUCUUUGCAAAGGCUUUGGAAGAAGUCUGUAUUGAGACCAUUGAGGCUGGCUUCAUGACCAAGGACUUGGCUGCUUGUAUUAAAGGUUUGCCCAACGUGCAGCGUUCUGACUACUUGAAUACGUUUGAGUUCAUGGACAAAGUCGGAGAAAACUUGAAUAUAAAACUAGCUCAGGCCAAACUUUAAGGCCGUCCCUCACCUAAGGAGGAUAUGUGUUUUUUUUGGUAACUAGGUCCACUGGUUUACAUUUUCCUGUAUAACACUCAAGGGUAAAGGUAAAAUCAAUUUUGUAAUUUGUUUAGAAGCCAGAGUGUAUCUUUUCUAUAAGUUUACAGCCUUUUUCUUACACAUAUGGUUAGGCCACCCUCGUGAACGUGGCAGGGGACUUUUUUAAAUUUUAUUUUCUACUAGUAGCCUAGGAAUUACUUUAAUACUCAUUUGUACUCAUUGUCACUUUUUCUCAUCUUCCCAUACAAAUGACCAAAAUGAAGAGUGCUUGAAAGGGUAACCUCUAGUCAUAAUAUCGUUCCCUAAAACAUAUGUGAAGUAAAAAUUCACUCCCUUCCCCACUCUCCGUGGCCCGGGCGCUGGGUGGUUUUGGUGUAUCAGAUGUCCCAUUACGGGAGGUAGAGCUGUUAUGUUAAACUUGCCUGUAAUUUGGGACGAAGAGCAUAGGUGUGACUAAAAUGCAUUAGAGAUGCCUCAGUCACUUUUGUAAUGAGCUCUUCUUGAAUGUUUGGAAAAAGCUAAAUAUUUUUGAGGCCACCGGAGCAUUUGUAAUCCAAAAUAAAUACUACCUGGGGGUUGUCCCCUGUGUUUGUCUCAUCCUCCCAGCCUUGUGUGGCCUGAGUAUUCUGCCACCCUGAGCAGUGUAUUUCUUCCAAGUGCAAUAAUACAAGCUGUACCUUUUUUGGACUUCUGUUGGCCUGUUUUAUUUCCCUUCUAUAAAAUGUGAUUUUUCAGAAGUUGAUUAUUAAACACUAUUCUAGUCUGUUCUUCAUCUGAACUGUUAAUGUUAAUUAAAAUCAAGUGCUAACGACUA